GCGCCCAGGUUGUUGCUGCUGCUGCCGGGACGCGGCUGGGUGCGGGCGGCGGCUGGCGGAGGAGGGGGCGGCGGCGGCGAGCGCGGAAGACCCGGCCCGGCCAUGGACGAACAAGCGGGGCCCGGCGUUUUCUUCAGCAACAACAACAAUAAUAACGCCCUGCUUCUGCCGCCACCAGCGGGCGGCCCGGGUCUGGAGCCGGGCGAGGCGGCGGCGGCAGCGGCGGCCGCCGCGGCGGCAGCAGGAGGAGGAGGCGGUGGCGGGGGAGUCGCAGCCUCCGGAGCUGCCGCGCCGGUGUCGGCGUCUCGGGCUCAGUACAGCGUGCCGGGCAUCCUGCAUUUCCUGCAGCACGAGUGGGGCCGCUUCGAGGCGGAGCGCGCCGAGUGGGAGGCGGAGCGGGCGGAGCUGCAGGCGCAGAUCGCCUUUCUUCAAGGGGAGAGGAAAGGACAAGAAAAUCUGAAGAAGGAUCUAGUGCGAAGAAUCAAAAUGCUGGAAUAUGCGCUUAAGCAGGAAAGGGCUAAAUAUCACAAAUUAAAAUACGGCACAGAAUUGAAUCAGGGAGAUAUGAAGCCACCAAACUACGAUUCUGAUGAAGGGAAUGAGACAGAGAUUCAGCCACAACAGAACAGUCAACUAAUAUGGAAACAAGGACGACAGCUGCUAAGACAGUAUCUACAAGAAGUGGGCUACACCGACACAAUAUUGGAUGUGAAGUCAAAACGAGUGCGAGCUUUACUAGGCCUCUCAAGUGAUGCUUCAGAGAAGGAAAACAGAAAUCAAGAGCCAAUGGUAAAUGGCACAGAGGGCCAGGUUAAAGAAAAUACAAUGAUUGGGAAACCUGAAUUGACUGACUCUGCCUCUCUGCUAGAGACCUUCAAGUUUCUUGAAAAUGCAGCUGCAGACUUCAGUGACGAAGAAGAUGAAGAAGAUAUUGAAGGAAGAGAGAAAACAAUCAUUGAUAGCGCAACAAUUGUGAGGAAAAGAGUACUAUCUGACAGCAGUGAAGACAGAGAUACAGAAGAAGCUUUGAAAGAAUUUGACUUUUUGGUCACCUCAGAUGAAGGUGAUGGGGAGUCAAGAAGUUCAGGAGAUGGAACAGACUGGGAAAAGGAAGACCAGUGUCUCAUGCCUGAAGCUUGGAAUGUCGACCAGGGAGUAAUAACCAAACUCAAGGAACAAUACAAAAAGGAGCGCAAGGGAAAAAAGGGGGUGAAGAGAAAAACUACCGAAGAUAUGUUUCAGCCUCAAUCCUAUAUAAAACAGUCAAAACAGGGAUGUGGGAAAAUGAUGGAGCAAAGCACGGGGCCCAACAGGUCAAAGCUGCAAGACAUGCUUGCAAACUUGAGAGACGUUGAUGAUCUCCCUUCAUUACAGCCAUCUGUUGCACCUUCUUCUAGGCCCAGUAGCUCAAGGCUCAUUGAACACGAGAUAAACAGGACAGAUGAAGUGGAAGCUUUAACAUUCCCUCCUUCUUCAGGGAGAUCUUUCAUUAUGGGAACAGAUGAAGCCCUUGAAAAUGAGCUAGGUCUUGGAGAACUGGCAGGCCUUACAGUGGCCAAUGAGGCAGAUUCACUGACUUAUGAUAUAGCAAACAAUAAGGAUGCAUUAAGAAAGACUUGGAACCCCAAAUUCACAUUAAGAAGUCACUUUGAUGGAAUAAGAGGUCUUGCUUUUCAUCCAGUUGAACCAGUCUUAAUAACAGCUUCAGAGGACCAUACAUUAAAAAUGUGGAAUUUACAAAAAACAGCCCCAGCAAAAAAGAGUGCUUCUCUUGAUGUAGAGCCAAUAUAUACCUUCAGAGCACAUAAUGGACCAGUGCUCUGUGUGGUGAUGAGCAGUAAUGGUGAACAGUGUUACAGUGGGGGAACGGAUGGCCUCAUCCAUGGCUGGAAUACAACCAACCCCAACAUCGACCCCUAUGACUCUUACGAUCCUUCUGUUCUAAGAGGCGCUUUUGUAGGCCAUACAGAUGCAGUGUGGGGUCUGGUUUACAGUGGAGCACACCAACGUUUGCUGUCCUGUUCAGCAGACGGCACUAUUCGUCUAUGGAAAGCUACAGAAGUUGCUCCAGCUCUCAAUAUAUUUAAUGAUAAUCAAGAGAUGGGAAUCCCUUCAUCAGUAGAUCUUGUGAGCAGUGACCCAAGCCUUAUGGUAGCAUCGUUUAACAGUGGACACACUAGCAUUUUUAACAUGGAGACACGGCAACGAAUUCUUACCCUGGAGUCCAAUGUGGAUACUACAGUCAGUUCCUCCUGUCAGAUAAACAGAGUCAUCAGCCAUCCAACUCUGCCAAUUAGUAUCACUGCUCAUGAAGACAGACACAUCAAAUUCUAUGACAAUAAUACAGGAAAACUGAUCCACUCCAUGGUAGCUCACUUAGAUGCAGUCACAAGUUUAGCUGUUGAUCCUAAUGGCUUGUAUUUGAUGUCUGGCAGUCAUGACUGUUCGAUUCGCUUGUGGAAUCUUGAAAGCAAGACCUGCAUCCAAGAAUUUACUGCUCAUCGCAAAAAAUUUGAUGAGUCCAUUCAUGAUGUGGCAUUCCACCCCUCCAAAUGUUAUAUUGCCAGUGCAGGAGCAGAUGCCCUGGCUAAAGUGUUUGUAUGACAGAGUGCUUCCCUUUCAACUCUAGCUUUGUAUAUAUUUAACCAGCGGCACAAAAGUGAAGAGGAGGGCAUGAGUCUUCUUAUCCUGCCCUAUAAUUCAGAGAAUGUUUGUAAGUGUUUAGUUUUGCAGGGUGCUGUUUUCUAAAUUGACAUUUGUUCUGGUUUCUGUGAGCUCAGCUGGUGCUGAGAGCUUGGAAACUCUCAGUUUCAAAUAAUUAAAAAACAAAGGAAAUGCUUUUAUUUCAGAGGGUGUGAAUUUUCGUCCAGGCAGGCCUUGGGUGAAACUAGGUCUUUGUAUUCUCUAUUAAUAAAAUGGAGUACUGGAAAGAAGAGGUCUAAUUGCAUCAGGGCGUAGGAGAAGAGGGAAGCUUCCUAGGAUUCUUCUCAUGAGCAAUCUUAAUGUACUUAAAUCACCUGUCAGUUUACAUGGUCAUCACUGUGUCAUGUGAGAGGCAUUUUGUCAUCUCUUUGGUAUUACUGAAGUAGAUCUUGUUCAGAGAGCAGUAGUGGAGAAUUAAUCUCAGCCACCUGGCUGCCAGCAUAAGAUAAGUGCAACUAAAGGAAAGCAAAUUAAUAACAUAAAUUGAAAUGCAGUAAAGUUUUUGUUACAUCUCUGUGUUGUACAGUAAAUAUUUAGUUUAAAAAAAACCCUGUAUACUUUUUUUUUAAAGACGGUGUUAGCAUGUGGCUAGGAGCUGAACUUGUAGUCGUAGUCCCAAUUAACCACAGACUGAAGCAAUCUGUAUAUACUGUAGUAGCAGAUUUAACUUAUUCAGAUUUAGAGUGCUGUUUAUUCUUGGAGAUCUGGCGCAAGAAAUUAUCACCAAGCUUUCCAAAGAAGCUGUCCUACAAUUUAACUAUCAAACAUUCAUCUCCUCUUUCCAUUCCCGCUAAAAGGGAUGAGUAACAUUCUGGGCGUUAAGGAUAGCAGUGAAAUACUUCUUUUGAAGAUUAAACCUAAACUUGAUGCUUUAUAUCAGUCCUACUACCUCAGUAGGUGGGAACAAUGCAAAAUUCGGUUUAAGAGAUUCUGCUACUUCUAGAGCUAUUUCCCCGCUUCAUCAUUUGUGGCAUUUUUUUAACUCAUCGUCAUCACUGAGUGCAUCUGUGUUCCAUUGAUUAGGCUACCUGAUAAGGCUUCUUUUCUUGUAAGUGCUCAACAGAUGUGUUUCUUUUAUGUAUUCAGAGCUUCUGUGUUGAUAUGAAUGACAAAUAGCUUUUUACCUGAUCUUUUAGGUUUUUUAUCCCUUUUAAAGGAAGGUGAGUGGAUCAUUUUCUGUUAUGUGUCAUUGUCAGAGUUAUUACUGCUUGUAAGCCUGAGGUUGAUAUUUUCCUCUAGUGGGAAUGGAAGGCAGAAUUUCUGCUGGAGAUGAUUUCUGGUGCUGAUGUGAAUAGGAAAGAACCUAGUGCAACUCCUCCGUACACCAGCCUGAGGUUGAGACUGGAAACUGAUAAAUUAAUCUUUAUCUUCAAACUGACACUUUAAAAAGGAAUGUCGAAAGAAAAUCAGUAUAAGGUUUGACUGUGUUGUUUUUUAGAGUGGUAUUUGGGGACGGGACCAUAUUUGAAGCUGAUCUCAGAGUUUAUAUCAACUAUAUUGUUUAGGACGAAAGGUCAACCUGUGCUAUUUGAGCCUGCAACACAUUGUAUGUACCACUAAAAUAUCCUGGAAUACCUUUAUUGCUCAGAAUAUUCAGAUAUGUCACUUCAUGAUAUUGAUACGUGAUAUAUUUCCGUAGAUAAGGUUAGAACUUUUACCGUGAAACAGAUGACUACAGUAGUAAUUGAGAUAUUUAGUUUUUAUAAAGCGUUUGGGGUAUGAUGGAAAGGGGGAAACUUGGCUGAAAAACUGAGCAUUCAACUUUGUGAGAGUUCUGUGUACUUGACUCAUAUUCUUUCAGUGUCAUUAUUUUAUUUCUUUUUGAAGAGAAAAUUACAAAGAUUUAUUUGAAAAAAUCUAAAAGUUAUGUAUAUUAUAUAUGUGUAUAUAUAUUGUAAACAUGUAUUAAACGUGUCUAGUAAGGGAAGACUCUAUGGGUGCAUUUUAAUGUUUUAGUAUUAAGAGUUCUCUUGAGUUUGUGUAUACAAAGGAUAAUGGUGUGAGUAUGAAAUGAAUGUUGUGCUUUUGCUUACAAAUACAAUAUGUAGUUAUGAUUGUUAAAAUGACUGUACAUAGAACUAAUAGGCCAGCAUGCUUUUUUGUAAAGACUAUCAUUCUGACUGCAAGUGGAAUGUAAGAAGUGGCUGUUCAAAUGUGAAUUGAAAGAUACUUCCUUCUCACUAUUGAGCUCUUGCUCAAACUGAAAAGGGACUUUCUUCUUUUUUUAAACCUGGCAAUAGCUAGAGGAUGAGGUGCCUUUAAAAAACAAAACAAAACAAAUGUAGCCUUACAAAGAGGUUAUGGAGUAUAUAUAUUUUUGUGCUGGUCUUCAUAAUUGAUGUCAAUGUCUUUUUACUGCACUUGCUCACGUACUAGUAGGACUGCAGGGUAUUGUGCAUGAGCCUGUCAGAUCUUCUGAGCAUCAUUACAGGAGUUAGGGAUGAAAAAAAUAUUUAUCUUAUCUAAUUCAUCUGCUUGCUAAAGCAGGGUUGUAGGGUUGUGCAUUUAAUAUUGUCUUGGCCAGUGAGGUUUUAUAUAUGUUCUGAAGAAUUAGGCAUCCUUUCAAAGAUUGUUUCAUUGAUUAUGUCACACUGAGAGGAGGAUUUACAUGAUAUUUAGUAGUUCUUCUUUGUAACUUCAUGCCAGUAUUCCAAGACACAUUUUGUGCCAUUUUACAAAUUCAUCAUCACUGUAGUUUGUAACUUGCCUGCACACACCGGUUCUAGCUGUGUAUUUCCAUUCCUUUUCACUUCCUUCAAGCUAUUUUCCAGUUUGCUCUUUUUACACAACUUUUUUCUCAUUUUCAGGUUUUUAACUCAGUUCUCUGUAUAUUGGUGUUCACAACACCAUUCCACAGACAUGAUUUUUUUUACUUAGUCUGAAGGUUUUCUGUUAAUCCUGGUUUUGUAAGCCUAUGUUUUUCCUCUGUAACAUGAUGCUUUUAUGUAGGAAGACCAAACUUUUGGUCUUCUGACCUAGUGUCUGACAAACCCAAAUUGCAAUUCUUUAUUUCUGACAGCUAUUUUAAAUAACUUUGAGCAUUGUUGCUUCUCUAGCUGCUUCUUCACUUUCAGUACGUUUUCAGAAUUCUUUUGCAGCCAGAUGCUUAAUUCCUGUUUCAUAAUUAUCCUGGGUUUUAUAAGCGUAGAGCUUCUGAUCUCUGAGUUAUUUUUCUUUUCUCCCUUUUGUGUGCAGUUCUCCUCAGCUCAGCGUAGUUGGUAAGUUUCAUGAAUGUGAUAACUUACAUCAAUUGAAGAUGGAAAUAAAACUGGACCUAAGACUUGUUCAUGCAAAAAAAAGCAUUUUUGUGCAACAUCAGUAUAUGGCAUUUUACCAUUACUGUUUUUCCCCCAUAUCUAAUUUAUGUGGUACAUUUUUUAGUGGUUCUCUCAUGUAAGUUUUUGUGUAUGUUAGCCUGUGCUACUGAUUUAGAUUCUACUAAAUAAUUUAAUGGGUGAAUAUUCAGGCUUUCCGUGUGUUGAAAAUUGGUCCAAUAGGUUUAAAUACUCUCAUUUUUAUUUCUAAUUUACCUUCACUGUGCUGUUUGCUUUCACAUAUUUGAUUCAAUUGCCAAAGCACUUGCACAAAGUGAUUUGGAGUAUCCCGGAAAAAGCUCUAGAUGUGAUUACCUUGUGGAAAAAACUUUUUUCACUCUCACAAAGUCCUAGUGUCUGCAUUUAUUUUUGUACCUUAAAGAGAACAAAUUUUGACACGCCAUGUAAAAGAUUUUAUUACUUGUAAGAAUCAUAGAAUCAUAGAAUGGUAGGGUUGGAAGGGACCUUUAGAGAUCAUCUAGUCCAAACCCCCUGCAGAAGCAGGGCCACCUAGAUCAAGUCACAUAGGAACAUGUCCAGGCGCGUCUUGAAGACCUCCAAGGAAGGAGACUCCACAGCCCCUCUGGGCAUCCUGUGCCACUGCUCUGUCACCCUCACAGUGAAAUAGUUUUUUCUUAUAUUUAAGUGGAAGUUUUUGUGUUCCAGCUUCAUCCCAUUACCCCUUGUCCCGUUGCUAGCUACUAUAGAAAAAUGGGAUGUCCCAACCUCCUGACAGCCACCCUUUAGAUAUUUAUAAAUGUUAAUAAGAUCUCCUCUCAAUGUCAUCUUCUCCAGACUAAACAUCUACAGUUUCCACAUAUUUUGGGACCUCAUUCAUCUUUAUUUUCAUAAAAUUUAUUCUAUAACAAGAAGCCUGUAGAACUAUAUACCAUGUACUGUAGGCUAUUUUUUAGGCCCUGUGUUAUGUUAAAGCAAUUCCAUAGGUAAUGGGUUGGAGUAAGCAUCUGAUGUUCACUGUACAGCUUUACACUUAGGUCAUGCAAAACAAGUUUGCAGUUCUGAAUUUAAAGUAACUAGAAACCUGUCCUUUUGAAUAAAUGUAUGGCAGGUGACUGAUUUAGUUACACCAUCUUUUUCUGUACAGCUGUUUGAUCACAGAUACGUUCGCUUUCCCUGCUUCUUUCCUCAUGUUUUAACAAUGUAAUUUUGGAAAGCAGCAAUUUCCAUAAACUGAUUAUAGAAUCACAGAAUGGUAGGGGUUGGAAGGGACCUUUAGAGAUCAUCUAGUCCAACUCCCCUGCAGAAGAAGCUCCACCUAGAUCAGGUCACACAGGAACGCUUCCAGGUGGGUCUUAAAGACCUCCAAGGAAGGAGACUCCACACCCUCUCUGCCAGGGCUCCCUCACCAUCACAGUAGAAUAGUUUUUCCUUAUGUUUAAAUGGAACUUUUUGCGUUCCAGCUUCAUCCCAUUACCCGUUGUCCUGUUACUAAUUCUCUAUCCCUCUUGAGCUGGGGAGCCCAGAACUGGACACAGUACUCCAGAUGAGGCCUCACCAGGGCAGAGUAGAAGGGGAGGAGAGCCUUCCUCAACCUGCUGGCCACACUCUUCCCAGAAUUGAGCAGCGAUUGGCAAAGUGUUAGUCCAUCCCAAAGGAAACAAAAAGUUAAGGAUGCGAUGUGGGCAUAACCGUCAGAUAUGGAAGUUGGGGGCGGUGGGAGUGGUAAUGCCUUUAAAGGUGUAUAUUUGGAGGUGUUUACAGGCAGUAGUUUAACAGUGUCUUUGGAGACUGUCCUAGAGUACCUACUUGACAUCUAUGUGAAAUAUCUAGUAGACCUAAUAAAACCAAGUAAUGUGAGUACAGUUAAGGAAGAAAAUGCAGCCAUUGUGGUUGAGCCUGUGCCUGUGCAGGAGACUGCAGCAAUGUCCUCCUUGGGCAGCUUUUUGCUGAGGCAUCAGCUUUGCAGUCUAACAUGAAGAAUUUCUACAGCACGGGAGUAUCCGCAAAUGAGAUUAUCUGUGUUUAGUGUGAAGAUCUGUAGGCAGCGGUCAUUUGGAUUGUUUGAUGAACAGCAAGGGAAGCAAGGGGAUCGUUUGCUGAAUUCCACAGGGGAUAGAUGGCAGGUUAAAUGGCCAGAACCGAUAUGUCCUCCUUGUAACCGGUGUCAUCACAGGAGAAUUCAGCUGAGGAGCAGUGCGGAGUUUGGCCUGAAGGUAUCGCAAAGGAAAACAUAAAAUGUUAGAGAACAAGUUUAGCAGGGCUUUCCCAUGGUGAUUCUUCAGGAUGAUUCAUUCAUCCGUUGGUUGCUGGUUGUACAAAGGAUAAAAUGUAUAUAUCCAGGUUCCAAAUGAUACUCUUCUGUGUCAAAGUAAAAGCUGCCGAUUGAUUGUUAUUUUAAAACUCUGUCACUUUAGAUGAGGAGAUGACCAGAGAUUUAUAACGGCUUAUCACUUCUAAAACCGUAACUUACUCUUCUGCUAAAACAGUCUUCAUGUUGGGGCCCUGGUUCUGCAAAGCCAAGUUCCUCUGGUGCUGUAGAGGGACUGCUCUUUUGCUUCUGGGUGGGCAUUGAUUUAAAAAUGAAGGACUAAGACUUUGCCUCAUUGGUGUCUGAUAGCAUGGAACCAAAGCCACAUAAUCUGGGAAGAUCAGUAGAAUUUUAGAUUUUGUUACUCAUUCUUUUUUUUCCCCUUCAGUAAUGGUCUCCAUAUUUAAUAAAUAUUAUAUACAGUGUCAUCUAUAUGACUCACUUUACAUUAAAUAGCCCAUUCUGUGAAAAACAGUCCUUCAGUACUUUUUCAUACAAAUGAGAUGUGAAAGGGGACCAGUGGCUCUGGGUAAUUUGUGAGUUGCUUGAUGUGUAUGCCUUUCAGCUUUCUACUGGGUGAGCUGAUAAAAUUCAUAGAAAAAACUGUGAAAACAUAAUAUAUAUAUACAUAUAUAUAGUAUAGCAUUUAAAAAUCUGUGGAAGUUUAGUGGAAAUUGAUUUGGACCACGCUGUUAAGAGUGGAGAAAUCAGAACAUGAUAGUAAACCACUUCCAUACAGUAAAUGGGUUUGUAUAAGAUGUUGCAAUCUUUGACAUGACAAUUUGAGUUUUCUUGGGCAUCUGCUGUUGGUGAGUAUCAUAGGGAUGCUCAGUGUAGCUGUAGGUAUGGAGUGGCAGAGGAAGCAAAGAUUUCCCUGGAAAAAUUACUCAGAAGUUUCAGGAAGCUUCCUUUUUCUAUAAGGAUGUGAAGGUGUUGAGAAUAUUUGAGCUAAAUCCAGUAAUGUAUUAAUCUGAAGAGGGUUACAGUGGUUGAACAGUUGUGACUUGUUCACCAUCGGUGUGUUUUAAGUGUGGAGACAAGCACCAUUAUGGAAACAAAUGGCUUGUAAACUGCUAGUCAAAACCUCCACAGUGUUUUUACUGAGCAGCAGAGAAACUGAUGAAAACAACAGUGUUAAUUCAGCCAUUUUAUAGGGGAUGUUUUACAAGAAAUAACCCAUCCUGUGAACGAUAGUAUUGUGUAUAACAGAGCAAAUGAACAAAAAAAUGGGUAGGAAGUCUCUUAAAGUGACCUUUGUGCAAAUAGUCCUUGCUCAGGUAAGUGCUCAUUUUCAGCUGGUGAGACUAAUCCCAGGAUGGUGGGAAAUAAGACUUUUAAAACCAUAUCUCUGCCUGUGCUAAUGAAGAUACCUGUUACAUAGGUUAUCUACUUUUGAUCUCUAUUUGUUUAGCUUCCCACUUAAAUCCUCCAUCUGACUACAUUUUCUGUGAAUCUUAAAAUCUUACCCUGCAAUGAACCUGCACUGCAGAUAAAUUUUAUAAAAGGCUAUUGAUUUUGAGUGAGUUUUUUUUAAGAGUUGUGGGGUUUCAGCUUCAGCCCUACACCUCUCAUCACCAGAAGGCUGAGUUAUACCUCCUUCAUGCCAGAUCAUGUAGUUAUACAGAGUUAUCUCCUACCCUGCCUGCUGACUUCAUUUUGCUGCUCUGUAGCCUGUUGUGAAAACUUACAAAGUGCUGUAUCAUUUAAAACGAUGAGAAUCUGAAUUCCACUGCAGAAGGUGUAAAUCCAGUUGAAUAGUGCAGUUUCUGGGUCUUGGCUGGUUUCUGAUUGGGAAAGAUUUGUUGCCAGAUGACAAAAUCCAAGCUAUGGCUAGCUAAAAAGGCAUUAAUACUAAUGUAUGCGUUAUAGCCCAACUUUCUUCCUGAUUAAGUCUGGCUUGUGGUAUUGUAUGUUUCACCCUGCUGGUGCUGCCAAGCCAUGCUAUGAUCCUGGGAGGUUGCACCUCUGUUUAAACCAUGCCUGCGUGUGUGUUUGUAAGCUGCUAAAAGCCUUAUGUUGACAUGGCCCACUCAACUUGCACUCCCUCAGUUUGAACUGCAGCCUCACAAAAUUACUUCCUUGCUCUCUCAAGAAACAAUUGGUCCUCACACCAGAGUAAUAGGCUGAGACAUUGAGAAAAGAUUUAUGCAUCUGGAUUUGUACUGUUCUGAAAAGAAAGCGACAUCUUGUUGCCAAGCCAAAUAUUUUCAUUAUUUUUUGAUUACCUACAGAAAGCAGCCAAAAACAUUGUAUAAGGGAUAAUUAUAGACUUCAAGCUAAUAUUUUUCCAUUAAUAAUUUAUUUUUUUAUUCUUCCUAUCAUCAAGAUGUAGUGGGUUUUUUUUGAUUGUAGCUUAUUUUCAGAUGUAUGCCUCCUAGAAGUGUUUCCUUGCAGUCAGACAUUUACAAACACACGUAGGGUUUGAAAACCAUCUCAUAUCUGUUAGCACUUUUUCUGGAAAUGCAUACCGAGCAUGUUAGCUAGUAAUUUCUUGUACCUUUAUAGCCCAAGCAGACUGAGAAGCGGUCUUAUGCUAUGUUUUCCUUGAAUCAUGCACCUGUAGACGAAAAUCAGUGAUGAGAAGAUUAUUGUUGCUCUUAAGAUUUUUCCGCUGACAUUUGUCAGCACAUCAGCUACCUGCAUGGGAUUUUGGAUUUUGUAUAAAGAUCUUCAACUGGUUACUUUUAAAGGAAAGUGUCUAGUUAAAAAAGACUUUUUUUUUUUUUCCCUGUAUAGACUGUAGUUUGGAUUUUUUACUUUUUCUUUCUAAUUGCUUAUAUUUAAUAUACUUUUUUCCCCUCUCUCUACAACAAUAACUAUUGAACUUAAAAUUACCUGACAGUUCUCUUCUGGAGAAGAAACCACAGGUGAUAACCACUUAAAUGUUAGUAAUUACAGUUGCUUCUGUUUUGGGUCAUUUCCAUGACAAUUGAUAAGAAGAGGCUUCUGUGGCUGGUAGAUAAACUAGUAUGUAAAAAGGAAACUAAGACUGGCCUUCAGAAUUCUGCUGAGCUUUUGAAUUUGCAAGCCAGUUUUGAAUGACUGCUUUGAAACAAUGUUGGGCUUUAAGUGUCUUGCAAAGUGGUGGGUGCAAAUGAGAGAUCCCUACUCCUUGAGUGAUGGUCUGCUUGUUGUUUUUUGUGUAUGACUCAGUACAAGGCUGUGUCAGAAUUUCAGUACCACCAAAUUACCUUGUUUAAAUGCUACCGUCAUACAACAGUGAAUGUUACUUUUGGUGAGAAAUUCUGUUUUCUAAGUUGUUAAGGAAAUGGUUUUCUUGGAAGUAAACAUCCAUAAAUGUAAUGUGUUUCCUGAUUUAGAAAGGCUUCUUAAUCAUGACACAUGAGAAGAAUGAAGACGUGAUUUGUUCCUGAAAGCUUUGAUAAGCAUUUAUUAUUGAAAGUGGGUUUGGUUGGGGUUUUUUUUUUGCUACAAAUGAAAAUGCUUCUUCAAACACUUAAUGUUAAACUUGUUACUCAAAUUCAUUAGUAUGAAAUCCUGGAUAAAUAUCUAAAAUGGCAGAGACAGAAAAUUCAGAGGGAGAUUGUUUUGAAAUACACCAGUAAGUUUUUGAGCUUCCCAAAUUCAGCCCUGAAUUUUCUCUUUUUUCACUGCAGUUGAUAGUUUGUGGAACUUCUUGGGUAGUUUAUAUUUAAAGCUACAUGCAUUUGCCUGAAUAAGUCAAGUAAAUAUUUUGUCAUUAAAUUAUAUAGAUCUGCUUUUGUUAGUGUGCCAUUUAAAAUGAUACAACAUUGAGGUCACCAUGCAGGUCUUUGUGUUGGUAUGACAGUAGUGAAGUGAGGUAGUUAUAUACUUUACCUGCAUCCUGUGCUGAGCAAAGUCACGUGGACUUCCAGAAAUAAGCAAUGUUUUUUAAGAUUGGCUUUAUGUAAUGUUACAGCAGCAAGUAAGUGUCAUUUGUACCAUAUAAUUAUGUAAAUUGGGUGCUAAUAAAUACUAUUUUUCAACA